AUGCUCUUGGUCUCAUUCGCAGCCAUUAUCUCUCCCAUCUCUAGCAGCAUCUACUUUCCAGCUCUAAACAAUCUCGCAAAGGAUCUGAAUGUGUCCAUCUCACUGAUCAACAUAACCAUCACAACCUACCUGAUCUUCCAAGGAAUCGCUCCGUCAUUUAUAGCGAACUUUGCAGAUACUCACGGCCGACGACCCGCCUACCUAAUCUGCUUCACCAUCUAUCUAGCCGCUAAUAUAGGCCUCGCAGUACAGGAUAGCUACGCGUCACUCUUGGUCCUCCGCUGCCUGCAGAGCUCAGGCAGCAGUGGGACAAUUGCACUAGGAAGCGCAGUCGUCGCUGACUUGUCAACCAGAGCAGAGCGAGGCAAAUACAUAGGGUACGCGAGCAUGGGCGUGACCCUGGGGCCUGCCUUGGGGCCGAUCAUCGGGGGCUUAUUGGAUCAUUACCUGGGCUGGCGAGCUGUCUUUUGGUUUCUGGUCAUUUUCAGUGGUGUCCUUGGGACCAUCGUUGCUAUUGUCCUGCCUGAAACCUGCCGCGCGGUUGUGGGCAACGGCUCUGUCCCUGCUGCCCAGUGGAACCAGUCUGUAUGGCAGAUUCUAAUGCAGAAAUGGGGAGCCCGAAAGCAAAAGCCAGAGCCAGACUAUCAAACCAUCGAGAAACGGCGUCGACGCGCCAAUCCGUUCGCGUCUGCCCUCAUCGCAACCGACAAGACAGCACUCAUCCUUCUGAUUUACGGCUCGCUAUUGUUCUCCGGCUACAUGGCCGUCUUGAGCACCUUGACCUCCCAGCUGCAAAGCAGAUUCAACUUCAAUUCUAUCCAAAUCGGACUGUGCUACCUCCCUGUGGGAAUAGGCAGCCUGACCUCCCGCUGGACGGUCGGACGGACUCUGGACUGGAACUUUCGACGAGAAGCCCGACGCCAGGAUCUCCCGAUCGAAAAGAACCGACAGCAGGAUAUCCAGCAUUUCAAUAUCGAGGUCGCCCGGUUGGCCGUGACGAUCCCACUGGUCUACUGCGCGUGUCUGUGUAUCAUCGCCUACGGCUGGGUCAUGGAGUAUAAGACUGCGCUGGCCGGCCCGGUGGUGAUGCUCUUCUUCACGGGGCAUCUGGCAUCCGGGGCCUUCAGCUCACUGAGUACAUUGAUUGUGGACCUCCAUCGGCAGAGCCCUGCAACUACAGUCGCUGCGAACAACCUGUUCCGGUGUCUGCUGGGUGCAGGAGCCGUUGCGGUUGCGGAUCCAGUUAUCCAGCGCAUCGGGAUUGGUUGGACGGCCACGAUUAUUGCGUUUCUGUGGGUUCUUUUCAGUCCGUGA